AUGCAUUUAAUUUUCUUUUCGCUACUAUUUUUAUCAUAUUGUUAAGAGCCUACAGUUUUUAAGGCAUCUGACAAGGUUUCAUACAUAAUAAAGGACAGAAUAAAACGACCAGGAGAUUUACUUUUCUUUACAGAAGGCUUGACAUUUAUUGCAGAUGAUAUGUUAUUAGAGAGUACAGGAUUAUAUGGGGAUUCUGAAAUACAUUAUAUUGAUAACGUAUUUGAUACAUAAAAUAUUGAACUAAAAUAUAGAUAGCCUAUUGGAAAAGACUAUUUUGGUGAAGGAUGUUCAAAAAUAAAAAAUAAAAACGGAAAGGAUGAAAUAUAUAUGUUAACAUGGAAAGAGAGAAAAGCAUUUCUUUUGAAUAGCAAUUUACAAUUAGUUUAAGAAUUAGAAAUACCAUCAGAAAUACAAGAAGGUUGGGGAAUGACUUCUUAUAGAAAUAAUGAAGGAGAUGAUAUGUUAUUGAUAUCAGAUGGAACAAAUAGAUUAUAUCAUGUAGAUCCAAAUGAUUUUAAGGUAAAGAAAACAGUAAGUGUUCGUUUAGAAAAUGGAAAUGAUCUUAAUAAAUUAAAUGAAUUAGAAAUAAUUGGAGAUGGAUCGCUUCUAGCAAAUAUAUAUGAAACUCCUUUUAUUGCAUAAAUAGAUCCACAUGAUGGAAAAUUAAUAGAUAUUCUUGAUUUUACUGCUCUGAUCUAGGAUGUAGAAAGUGUUAAAGGUAAAGGAUAUACUGAUCCUAUGUUCAAUAAAGUACUUAAUGGAAUUGCAUAUCGAUAAGGCAAUUUAAUAUUAAGUGGAAAGCAAUGGCCAUAUUUUUAUUAAAUUGAUUUAUAAUCAUAAUAAUAAUCAUGAA